GGCCGGCUUCCGGCGGGGGCUGACGGGAGGGUGCGGAGCCUCGUGCGAGGGAGCGGGGAGCCGUGGAUGCCCGUGCCGCGCUCCGCGGACCUGCCGCCCCCUCCGGCCGGCAUCCAGCGCCCGCAGGAUGUUCAAGAAAUUUGAUGAAAAGGAAAAUGUGUCCAACUGCAUCCAGUUGAAAACAUCAGUCAUUAAAGGCAUUAAGAGCCAAUUGAUAGAUCAGUUUCCUGUUAUUGAACCAUGGCUAAACCAAAUUAUGCCAAAGAAAGACCCUGUCAAAAUAGUAAGAUGCCAUGAACAUAUAGAAAUCCUCACAGUAAAUGGAGAAUUGCUGUUCUUCAGGCAAAGAGAAGGGACUUUUUACCCGACGCUAAGGUUACUUCACAAAUAUCCUUUUAUUUUACCACAUCAGCAAGUAGAUAAAGGAGCCAUUAAAUUUGUACUCAGUGGAGCUAAUAUAAUGUGUCCUGGCUUAACGUCUCCUGGAGCAAAACUUUACCCUGCUGCUGCUGAUACGGUUGUUGCAAUAAUGGCAGAAGGAAAACAACAUGCACUGUGUGUUGGAGUCAUGAAGAUGUCAGCUGAGGACAUUGAGAAAGUCAACAAAGGGAUUGGCAUUGAAAAUAUUCAUUAUUUAAAUGAUGGCCUUUGGCAUAUGAAGACGUACAAGUGAAACAAAAGAAACUGUGCAACUCCAAAGGAAUGCACUUAGAUUAAAUGUGGACUGCUUCGUAACUCCUUCUGUUUUUAAUGUGACUGAAUGUACAAAUUAUUUUGUUCUGUGGCUAUGCUAAAUAAAUCAAGUGAAUGCUAACAUAUUGCUAGCUGCAAUAGUUUUCUAGCGUUUAUUACAAUCCUUGAGCUUUUAUGCUAAACCUAUCUUCUCAACGUUUUUGAAGAUUUAAAAAAAAAAGUGCAUUCAUGAACGUAAAUAGAAUAUUUCCUGUGAAGAGAAGUCAAGAGAGAGAAUUCAAUGCUCUUUCCUAGCCAAGUAAUAAAAAUUGGGUGUAACCUAUAUCCUAAUACUGUUCCACAACUCAUUUGCCUCUGUUAACAGAUGAUUUAGAUUGUCUGUUAUACAGUUCCUAAAUUUUGAACAUAUAAAAUAGACUUUAAAAAAAGCCUUAUACUUUAUUAACUAUGAUUUAAUUUAUUGUUAAGCAUUUAUCAGCUUGAGUAGAUUUAUGUUAAUAGUUUUGUUUUCUUUUCAAGAUGCAGGCAGUCUAUAGGAUUUAAAGCAAAUGCACUGUAUAUAGAUGUGAUUUUCCUCUGGGGGUUCAUAUUUGGGAGAUACAGGGUGUCACAAAUCCUCACUUACUACACAAUGUUUGAGACUGACCAAUUUCCAGAGAUAACAAAUUUGUGGUGGCAGUGGGCAACUUUUAAUGGCUUCUGUUUUGUAAAUACUAGCUAGUUGUCUAAUAGACUUUAGGAUCUUUACAUGUUUUGGGUUGCUGUCCAGCAGAUAUGAUAUCAAAAUAUAAUGAUAACUGUUUUACAGAAACUGUUAGUAUUUCUGGGUCAGGUUUUGAAAUGGAUCUCAAUUAGACUCCAAUUUAACCCAACUCAUGAAUGGUCAACGAUUAUUUUACUUUGGUAUACAUACAGAAAGAGGCUGCAUCCUGGAACCAUUUCAGAAGGUAAAUUUAUCACCACUCAUGUAAUAACUACAUGGCUUUGGAAGGAUUUAUAAUUACAGAUCUGUAACUAAUAAUAUUAGAGAUGCAGGUUUCAAUGUUUAUGAAGGAGCUUUUGUUAGUGUUGUCUGCAUGUCUAUCACCUUUCCCAAGAACUAGUGACAGAAUUACCCUUUACUUAUUCUAAAGUUUCCUUAAAUAUAUUACCUAACAUGCUACUUAGAAUCUUCAAAUCACUUUAAAGAAUUUACUUCCAAAAAGGAAAGCUUAAGUGCUCUAGCUAUACUCCAUUAGCAAAGGAAAAGGAAUGAAAGCUAGAAAACUAUGGUGGUUACCACAGCAGCACUGGUGAAAAAGAAAAGUUCUUUUUCAUGCUAACUUCUUAUUUUAAAAGAGAGGUAAUUUGGUCUUCAAGUUGCAUAAUAAAUCUUCACUGACCCUUAUGAGUAUGUGGGAUUAUA